UAAAGUAAAAACCCAACUAAGCCUCUUUUUCCACUGCUUUUUGGUUCCAUUUGUCCCACAGAUUCUUCUUCUUACUUACUCAUCAACUUCUCUUCUCUCGUAAGUAGAAACAUACACUCGGCCACCACCACUACCACUACCACCAUCCACCACCUUUUCCUUUUCCUUUUUUUUUAUACGUAGACACACUUUUACUGUAUUUACACACACACAUAUAUAUAUACACUCAAAUAUCUCACUCCAUGGCAGAUGAGCAUGCCCCAGAACAACAACUCCCACCACAAACACAAAAAAUGAACAACGGAAAAGGCCCCGCACGAACGAGCGACCGCCGCCGAGCCCUCUGCUCGUGCGUCUCCGUCUUCCUCCUCCUAGCCGGCGUCACCGCACUCACUAUCUGGCUCGUCUACCGACCCUACAAACCACAAUUCAAAGUCGUCGGCGCAGCCAUCUACCAGCUCAACACGACGUCCACCUCCUCCUCCCAGAUGCAGCAGCCGCCGCUAGUCACCACCACCAUGCAAUUUACCGUCGUUACGCGCAACCCCAACCGGCGCGUGUCCAUUUACUACGACCGGCUGACCGCCUUCCUCAUGUACAGGAACCAGGCCAUCACGCCUCAGGUCUCGCUGCCGCCGCUCUACCACGCCAGGAAGAGCACAGUGGCGUUGUCGCCUAUACUCGGCGGUGGACAGGAGGUGCCGGUGUCGGUGGAGGUGAUGAAUGGGUUGGCGGUGGACGAGGCUUACGGGGUUUUGGGGUUGAGGCUGGUUUUGUUGGGGAGGCUUAGAUGGAAGGCCGGGGCCAUUAAGACUGCUCAUUAUGGUAUUUAUGUCAAGUGUGAUGUUUUGGUGGGUUUGAAGAAAGGUGUUAUGGGCCAAGUCCCUCUUCUCAGUGCUCCUGGGUGUAAUGUUGAUAUUUGAACAUUUUAGCUGUAUACUUCUUUUGGUUAAUUAAUUGUAAAAUUUUCAGUUGUGUUUUUUUAGUUUAAUUAUCACUAAUUUAAGUUUUUUUCUGUGUAACUGUUAGUGAUGAAUAGUAUUAGAGAUAUACAUUUUCAUGUAACGAAGAUCAAUUUUGCAAAGGCCAUGAAAAUGCAACUAAGGUUUCUUUCUUUUC